AGGUUUGAGAGUGGCGAUUUACAGCCCAGAAUCCCAAUCUAAUGUCCGAUUCCAUUCCAAGUCAUUGUUAGGCAGCUAGAUCCCUCUUAAUACCACGAUCCAGAGCUCGCAGCCGGACCUUAGAGGUAAAGAAGCAACAGCGAAGAGCAGAUUUUGACGGCAGAAAUUAGAGGAUUGAAUUCGAAGCUCUCACUCUUCAAGCCUCGCUCACUUGAUCGCGCUUCACGCCUCUCAACCGCCAUCUCGAGUAACCAUUACUCCAGACCUGAUAGGUUACGUUUGCUUGUAUUUCAAAAAUUUGGAGAAGAGUGGAGGGACUGUGUUGUAAUAAAUAUAAGACAUCUGAUUAUCACAAAUACAACAACUGGGAACUUGCAACAAGUACAAAGCAUCAUGGCCUCUACAAAUGGACUAUCAAAUGCUCAUAUUAAGCAACCUCUCUUCUCAUUCGGGGUCAUUACUGAUGUUCAAUAUGCUGAUAUUCCUGACGGUCACUCAUUCCUGGGCGUCCCUCGGUACUACCGUCAUAGCAUCCAGGUCUUGCAAAGGGCUGUCAGCCAUUGGAACAACCUCAAGAAACUGAAUUUUUCCAUGAACUUUGGUGACAUUGUUGAUGGAUUCUGUCCCAAAGACAAGUCACUGACCGCCGUCCAGAAGGUUCUAGAUGAAUUUAAUAGUUUCCAUGGACCUGUCUAUCACAUGAUCGGCAAUCACUGCCUAUACAAUCUCCUUCACAGUGACCUCACAGCUUUGUUCAAGAUUCCCUCUCUCCAUGGUGAGGCAUACUAUGAAUUCUCGCCGUCGCCGGAGUACCGGUUCGUUAUUUUGGAUGCAUAUGAUAUCAGUGUUCUUGGAAGGCCCCAUGAUGAUCCAAGAGCAUCUGCAGCUUUUAGGUUCCUUAAAGAGAAGAACCCCAAUACUGAUAAAAACAGCCCGGUUGGAUUAGCAGGUCUCGAGAAAAGGUUCUUGAUGUUCAAUGGAGCUGUAGGAGAAAAACAACUAGAGUGGCUUAAUAAUGUACUUAAGGAGUCUACUGAACAUGGGCAGAAGGUGAUUGUAGGUUGCCAUCUACCUCUAGAUCCUAAUAGUGCUACCCCAGCGUCUCUUUUGUGGAACUAUGAGGAAGUGAUGGAGGUGAUACACAGAUAUAGAUGUGUGAAGGUAUGUUUUGCAGGUCAUGAUCAUAAGGGCGGUUAUUCGGUUGAUUCGCAUGGCGUCCAUCAUCGCGUGCUCGAAGCUGCUCUCGAAUGCCCCCCUGGCUCUGAUGCUUUUGGUUAUGUGGAUGUCUACCAUGAUAGGCUCUUCCUUGUUGGCACUGAUAGAAUGGCCUCUACUGAGAUGAUUUUUGAAUCAUGAUUGUUGUUCAUUAUGCUUCCCCUUUUUUCAAAUUUAUUUUGUUAUUAUCAUAGUAUAAGAGGGGAUAGUUCAGUUAAUUUUUCCCAGCUGCUGAUUGAAGGUUGGGGAAAAUGCUUCCUCUAUGUCAUACAUAUAUAUAGCUUAGUUUAAUGGUAUCACUAAGUUUCACUGUGCUGUAACUUGAAAAAAUAUAAUCAAAGUUGUUCCCUUUUCAUUGCCAUUCAA